AUGUCUACUAAAAUCUCUUUUCAAAAAAGAGAAUUUAAUGAAUCUGAAAUUUUUGAUAUCGCGUUAAAAAUCUUUGACGAAUUUGACACCGCAAAAUACAUCAGAUAUUCAACUUUGGAAAGCUUUUUCUUAAGUAAUAAUGGUUAUAAAUAUUUUAAUGAAUUUAAUGUGGAAUCUGCUCGAUCAGAUAAGCAGAAAGCUGAUUUUUUAAAAUUGAUUAAUAAAAAAUUAAUCAAUGAUGAUCUAAUUCAUAACGAAGGGAAGAGUAAUUAUGAGUUAUUUUCCAAGAUGAAGAAAGAAGUUUUUGAUGAUAUCGAUA